GGUUCCCUUCUCUCCACCCCACAACUUGGCCGAGUGUGCCGACUCCGAGGUGUCCAUGGCGAGCGGGGACAAUCAAGUCCCUUCGUCCCCACCGCCGCCGCCGCCAACAGGUGACGACGACGACGGGGGCGGUGGAGGGAAAGCCGAGGAGCCCGCGGCCCCCGCCGAUCGGGAGCGGGAUCGGGAGCGGGGCGCCCUGUCCUUGCAGCCCGGGCUCCCCAUCAGGGGCAUCCGGAUGAAGUUCGCCGUGCUGACCGGCCUGGUGGAAGUUGGGGAGGUGUCCAAUAGGGACCUCGUGGAGACGGUCUUUAACCUGCUUGUUGGAGGACAAUUUGAUUUGGAGAUGAAUUUUAUUAUCCAAGAAGGUGAGAGCAUCAUAUGCAUGGUGGACCUACUGGAAAAAUGUGAUAUUACUUGUCAAGCAGAAGUCUGGAGCAUGUUCACAGCCAUUUUGAAGAAAAGUAUACGGAAUCUUCAAAUCUGCACAGAAGUAGGCCUUGUAGAAAGAGUCCUUGGGAAAAUUGAAAAUGUUGACAAUAUGAUAGCAGAUCUUUUAGUUGACAUGUUGGGCGUGCUGGCUAGUUAUAAUCUGACGGUUCGGGAACUAAAGCUAUUCUUCAGUAAACUUCAAGGAGACAAAGGCCGAUGGCCUCCACAUGCUGGAAAAUUAUUGUCUGUGUUAAAGCAUAUGCCUCAGAAGUAUGGUCCUGAUGCCUUUUUCAACUUCCCUGGAAAGAGUGCUGCAGCUAUUGCAUUACCGCCUAUCGCCAAAUGGCCAUAUCAGAAUGGUUUUACAUUUCAUACUUGGCUUAGAAUGGAUCCAGUAAAUAACAUCAAUGUGGAUAAGGAUAAACCAUAUUUGUAUUGUUUCAGAACCAGCAAAGGUCUUGGUUAUUCUGCUCACUUUGUUGGGGGCUGUUUGAUUAUCACCUCAAUAAAGUCAAAAGGAAAAGGCUUUCAACACUGUGUGAAGUUUGAUUUCAAACCUCAAAAGUGGUACAUGGUAACUAUAGUACACAUUUAUAAUCGGUGGAAGAACAGUGAGCUGCGAUGUUAUGUCAAUGGUGAACUUGCUUCCUAUGGAGAGAUAACAUGGUUUGUCAACACCAGUGAUACCUUUGACAAAUGUUUCCUCGGUUCAUCAGAAACAGCAGAUGCUAAUAGAGUAUUCUGUGGUCAGAUGACUGCAGUUUACCUUUUUAGUGAAGCUCUUAAUGCUGCCCAGAUUUUUGCCAUUUAUCAACUGGGCCUCGGAUACAAGGGUACAUUUAAAUUCAAAGCAGAAAGUGACCUGUUUCUUGCUGAGCAUCACAAACUUUUACUGUAUGAUGGCAAACUCUCAAGUGCCAUCGCGUUCACAUACAACCCCCGUGCUACAGAUGCCCAGCUCUGCCUCGAGUCAUCCCCGAAGGACAACCCCUCAAUUUUUGUUCAUUCACCACAUGCACUUAUGCUACAGGAUGUGAAAGCAGUUUUAACACAUUCUAUCCAAAGUGCGAUGCAUUCAAUUGGAGGAGUCCAAGUGCUCUUUCCACUUUUUGCACAAUUGGAUUAUAGGCAAUAUUUGUCUGAUGAGGUUGACUUGACUAUAUGUUCAACUUUGCUGGCUUUUAUUAUGGAGUUGUUGAAAAAUUCAAUUGCUAUGCAAGAACAGAUGCUUGCUUGCAAGGGCUUCUUGGUAAUAGGAUAUAGUCUAGAAAAGUCAUCUAAGUCCCAUGUCAGCAGAGCAGUACUUGAACUUUACCUUGCAUUUUCGAAGUAUCUGAGUAAUCUGCAGAAUGGGAUGCCUUUACUCAAGCAGUUGUGUGAUCACAUACUUCUUAACCCAGCUAUAUGGAUUCAUACCCCAGCCAAGGUCCAGUUGACACUUUAUACUUACCUGUCCACGGAAUUCAUCAGUACAGUCAACAUAUAUAAUGCCAUUCGGAGAGUUGGAACAGUACUUCUUAUCAUGCAUACACUGAAAUACUAUUACUGGGCAGUGAAUCCUCAGAAUCGAAGUGGUAUCACUCCAAAAGGACUAGAUGGACCACGACCUAAUCAAAAAGAAAUACUUUCCCUUCGAGCGUUCUUACUUAUGUUCAUUAAGCAGUUAGUUGUGAAGGAUUCUGGAGUAAAGGAAGAUGAACUACAAGCCAUUCUUAAUUAUCUGCUCACUAUGCAUGAGGAUGACAAUCUAAUGGAUGUCCUACAAUUGCUUGUGGCAUUAAUGUCAGAACACCCCAACUCUAUGAUCCCUGCCUUUGACCAAAGGAAUGGAUUACGUGUUAUUUAUAAACUUAUGGCAUCAACCAGUGAAGGAAUCAGAGUACAAGCUCUCAAGGCCAUGGGCUAUUUUUUAAAACACCUGGCCCCUAAAAGAAAGGCUGAAGUCAUGCUUGGGCAUGGAUUGUUUUCAUUGCUGGCUGAGAGACUUAUGCUUCAUUCAAAUUUAAUCACAAUGACCACAUAUAAUGUCCUGUUUGAGAUUCUUAUAGAACAGAUUUGUACUCAAGUGAUUCAUAAACAGCAUCCAGAUCCUGAUUCUUCAGUAAAGAUACAAAAUCCUCAAAUUCUAAAAGUAAUUGCGACUUUACUUCGAAAUUCUCCCCAGUGUCCAGAGAGCAUGGAAGUUCGCAGAGCCUUUCUUUCUGACAUGAUCAAACUUUUUAAUAAUAGUAGAGAAAAUAGAAGGAGCUUGCUCCAGUGCUCUGUGUGGCAGGAGUGGAUGCUUUCUCUCUGCUAUUUUAAUCCUCAGAAUUCAGAUGAGCAAAAGAUAACAGAAAUGGUCUAUGCCAUAUUCAGGAUCCUACUUUACCAUGCAGUCAAAUAUGAGUGGGGUGGCUGGCGUGUCUGGGUCGACACCUUAUCCAUCACACAUUCAAAGGUCACUUUUGAAAUACACAAAGAAAACCUUGCUAGCAUAUUUAGGGAACACCAAGAAAAAGUUGGUGAUGAACUAGAGCAAUGUCCUUCAAAUCUUAUCCAAGCAGUUUCUGGCACAAAUGGGGAUGCUCAUGCUUCAGUGGGAUCUCAGCUGCCAGAUAGCAAGGGUUCUCCUGUAUCUUCUCACAGCACCAAAAAUAGUGAUGAGAACUCACAUAUUGAGAAGACAAGUUUAGUAGACUCUACAUCCAGUAUAGAAUUACAAACUCAGAGUACAUCCAAUGAUGAAAGGAAAGUUGGGCAAGAAAAUCAAGAGUUAUCAGAUGAAGUUUCUGUAGAAGAAACACAUAGCCACGAAGCAGUGAAUGCAGGUGAUUUAGAAGUAUCUUCUGAUAAAGUAGAAGCUGCGACUCUUCCCUCUAAUUCUUUGAAAAUAACUGACAAAGAUUUAAUAACUGUCAGUGAAGUAAUUGCUUCUGUAAGUUCUCCUUCUGAAGAAGAUGCUUCAGAGGUACCAGAAUUAUUGGAGAAGUCGACAGCAGAGGAAGAAGAUGAUGAUGAUUAUGUAGAGCUGAAGAUAGAAAGCAGCCCUACAGAGGUCAUCAGCCUACCCACAGAACUCCAGGAUAAUAGUUUGUUGCCAGCUGCAUCUGAAGUCAGCGAAAAGUUGGACAUGUUCAAUAAUGACCACAAAUUGUCAUGUCAAGAGGAAGAACCUGUUAGAAAACAAACUGAUACUGACACACAAGAUUCUAAAGACUCUGGAAUCUUGACCAUGACAGCGUCAGGAUCCUCAACUGACUCACCGGACGUUUAUGCUUCUCGGACUGUACAAUCGAACACUGAUCAGUUGCUUGAGGAAGGGAAAAAAAUAAGUGAUUCUCAUACUAAUAACUUGGAGUGUCCUACUACUUCUGAACAGAGAAUUGCUAAGUUGGAUGUUUCCAGUGUGGCUACAGAUACAGAGAGACUGGAAUUGAAGGCCAGCACAAAUGGAGAAAUAUCUCAGCCUCACCAGCCUGUGCUUGAGAUGUCAAGGCAACAGGAACGGCUAGUACAAGGUACAGCACCAGAUUCAGUUAAUGGACAAAGGAGGGAUUCCAGGUCUACUGUGUUUCGUAUUCCUGAGUUCAAGUGGUCUCAGAUGCAUCAGCGUUUGCUCACUGACCUACUGUUUUCAAUAGAAACAGAUAUACAGAUGUGGAGAAGCCAUUCAACAAAGACAGUUAUGGACUUCGUGAAUAGCAGUGAUAAUGUCAUCUUUGUACACAACACAAUUCAUCUGAUCUCUCAAGUGAUGGACAAUAUGGUCAUGGCUUGUGGGGGUAUACUGCCAUUGCUUUCAGCUGCUACCUCUGCUACACAUGAGUUGGAGAAUAUUGAACCCACUCAAGGACUUUCAAUAGAAGCAUCUGUGACAUUUUUGCAGAGACUAAUCAGCCUUGUGGAUGUGCUUGUAUUUGCAAGUUCUCUUGGCUUCACUGAAAUUGAAGCUGAAAAAAAUAUGUCAUCUGGAGGAAUUUUACGACAGUGUCUUCGACUAGUGUGUGCAGUGGCAGUAAGAAAUUGCUUAGAGUGUCAGCAGCAUUCACAAUUGAAAAGCAAAGGAGAUACAGUAAAACGGCUGAAAACAAUACACAGUCUGAUUCCCAUGGGGAAAUCUGCAGCGAAGAGUCCAGUGGACAUUAUCACAGGUGGUAUAUCUCCUAUAAGAGAUCUUGAAAGACUCCUACAAGACAUGGAUAUUAAUCGGCUUAGAGCAGUUGUCUUCAGAGACAUAGAGGAUAGCAAACAAGCUCAGUUUCUAGCCUUGGCAGUUGUAUAUUUUAUCUCUGUUCUUAUGGUCUCAAAGUACAGAGAUAUUUUGGAACCCCAAAAUGAAAGGAGUACCCAGGAAACUGGCAGUGAAAGUGGAAAUAUAUCUCUUACUGAUGUAGAAAACACACCUACAACUCUCAGUGCAGCUGCUCCAACAUCAGGGGAAGAAUCUGAAUGCACAUCAUCUUCUGCUCGGAGGAGGGAUUCAGGAAUUGGGGAAGAAACAGCUACUGCUUUAGGAGCCAAUGUGGACCCAGCUCCUCAGACAGCUCCUCCUAGCAUCAUUGCUGGCCCAGACGCAGUCAGUGAGGUGCUCUCCACUCUCUCUUUAGAAGUCAGUAAACCUCAGGAAACCAAAAAUGAUGGAGGAAAUGAGUUGGAUAACAAGGGGGCACCAUCAGUCCCAGUUUCCAAAAAUGUCAAUGUGAAGGAUAUUCUCCGAAGCUUGGUGAACAUACCAGCAGAUGGAGUCACGGUGGAGCCUGCCCUUCUGCCACCCACCUGCCUUGGCACUCUCAACGAUCUGUCUGCGGAGCAGCCUGUGCAUUUCCGGUCUUUUGACAGAAGUGUCAUCAUUGCAACAAAAAAAUCAGCAGUGUUACCUUCCGUGCCUUCUACAAGUGCAUCUUCAAGUGCUGUCAGUGUGGUUUCUUCAGUAGACUCAACCCAAACCUCAGAUGUGGGAGGAGACUCACCUGGUGGUAGAUCUUCUAAUGCAAAAUUGCCUUCAGUUCCUGCAGUUGGUUCAGUUCCACAAGACCAAGUCUCAAAUAUGAGUAUCACCGAAAGACUGGAACAUGCUCUGGAAAAGGCUGCUCCUCUUUUGAGAGAAAUUUUUGUGGAUUUUGCCCCUUUUCUUUCUCGGACGCUUUUGGGUAGCCAUGGACAAGAAUUACUUAUAGAAGGAACAAGCUUGGUUUGCAUGAAGUCUAGCAGUUCAGUUGUGGAACUGGUUAUGCUGCUGUGCUCUCAGGAGUGGCAGAAUUCCAUUCAGAAGAAUGCAGGCCUUGCUUUUAUUGAACUUGUUAAUGAAGGAAGGUUACUUAGCCAAACAAUGAAAGAUCAUCUGGUAAGAGUAGCCAAUGAAGCUGAUUUUAUCCUGAGCAGGCAGAGAGCAGAAGAUAUUCACAGACAUGCAGAAUUUGAGUCACUGUGUGCCCAGUAUUCUGCAAAUGAACGAGAAGAUGAGAAGAUGUGUGAUCACUUGAUCAGAGCAGCUAAAUAUCGAGACCAUGUGACAGCUACUCAACUCAUCCAGAAAAUUAUCAACAUUCUCACAGACAAGCAUGGAGCCUGGGGAAAUUCUACAGUGAGUCGUCCUCGUGAGUUCUGGCGCCUUGACUACUGGGAAGAUGACUUGCGGCGCCGGCGACGAUUUGUGCGUAACCCUCUAGGAUCGACACAUCCUGAAGCGACACUAAAAACAGCCGUGGAACACGCUGCGGAUGAAGAUAUCCUUGCUAAAGGCAAACAGUCCAUCAAGAGUCAGGCUUUGGGGAAUCAGAACUCCGAAAAUGAGGUCCUCCUGGAAGCUGAGGAUGAUACUCUGUCAUCCGUGGACGAGAAAGAUUUAGAGAAUCUUUCGGGUCCUGUUAGCUUGAGCACACCAGCACAGCUUGUGGCCCCCUCUGUAGUAGUCAAGGGCACUCUUUCUGUCACCUCCUCUGAACUCUAUUUUGAAGUGGAUGAAGAGGACCCUAACUUCAAGAAGAUAGACCCUAAGAUUCUGGCAUAUACGGAAGGUCUACAUGGAAAAUGGCUCUUCACAGAGAUUCGAUCAAUCUUCUCUCGUCGUUAUCUAUUGCAGAAUACAGCCCUGGAGAUCUUUAUGGCAAACAGAGUUGCUGUCAUGUUCAACUUUCCAGACUCUGCUACAGUAAAGAAGGUGGUUAACUGUCUACCUCGUGUGGGUAUUGGAACCAGUUUUGGAUUGCCUCAAACCAGGCGCAUCUCAUUAGCUAGUCCACGUCAGCUUUUUAAAGCUUCUAAUAUGACGCAACGAUGGCAACACAGAGAGAUUUCAAAUUUUGAAUAUCUCAUGUUUCUCAAUACAAUAGCAGGACGAAGCUAUAAUGACUUAAAUCAGUACCCAGUCUUUCCCUGGGUCAUCACUAAUUAUGAAUCAGAGGAACUGGAUCUCACCUUGCCUAGUAACUUCAGGGACUUGUCCAAGCCAGUAGGAGCCUUGAAUCCUAAAAGAGCAGCAUUUUUUGCAGAGCGAUAUGAAUCAUGGGAAGAUGAUCAGGUUCCAAAGUUCCACUAUGGUACUCAUUACUCUACUGCAAGUUUUGUUCUUGCAUGGCUGCUAAGAAUAGAACCCUUCACAACUUAUUUUCUAAAUUUACAAGGAGGGAAAUUUGAUCAUGCAGAUCGAACUUUUUCAUCAAUUUCCAGAGCUUGGCGAAAUAGUCAGCGUGAUACAUCUGAUAUUAAGGAGUUGAUCCCUGAAUUUUAUUAUCUCCCUGAGAUGUUUGUCAACUUCAAUAAUUAUAAUCUUGGAGUGAUGGAUGAUGGAACAGUGGUGUCUGAUGUUGAACUUCCUCCUUGGGCCAAAACCUCGGAAGAAUUUGUUCGCAUAAACAGAUUGGCCCUGGAGAGUGAAUUUGUUUCCUGCCAGCUUCACCAAUGGAUAGACCUUAUUUUUGGCUAUAAGCAGCAAGGACCAGAGGCAGUUCGGUCCCUCAAUGUGUUCUACUACUUGACCUAUGAGGGAGCUGUCAAUCUGAACGCAGUCACUGAUCCUGUACUGAGAGAGGCUGUUGAAGCUCAAAUCCGAAGUUUUGGACAGACGCCCUCUCAGCUCCUCAUAGAGCCCCAUCCUCCCAGGGGCUCCGCCAUGCAAGUGUAUCUCCUCCUGCAGAGUCCAUUGAUGUUCACAGACCAAGCCCAGCAGGACGUCAUCAUGGUCCUAAAGUUUCCCUCCAACUCUCCUGUCACUCAUGUGGCAGCCAACACCCAGCCUGGGUUGAUGAAUCCUGCUGUGAUCACAGUCACUGCUAGCAGGCUCUUCGCUGUGAACAAGUGGCACAAUCUUCCCGCUCAUCAAGGUGCUGUGCAAGACCAGCCAUACCAGCUGCCAGUGGAAAUCGAUCCUCUCAUAGCCAAUAAUACAGGAAUUCACAGGAGGCAAAUCGCCGACCUUUUAGACCAAAGUAUUCAAGUCCACUCCCAGUGCUUUGUCAUUACGUCUGACAACCGCUAUAUUCUCAUCUGUGGCUUCUGGGACAAGAGCUUCCGAGUCUACUCCACAGACACAGGCAAAUUGAUCCAAGUGGUGUUUGGCCAUUGGGAUGUUGUCACUUGCCUCACUCGUUCUGAGUCAUAUAUUGGAGGAAAUUGCUACAUUCUCUCGGGCUCACGUGACGCAACCCUUCUGCUCUGGUACUGGAAUGGAAAAAGCAGUGGCAUUGGAGAUAACCCAGGCAGCGAGACCACGACUCCCCGGGCCAUUUUAACAGGUCAUGACUACGAGAUCACCUGUGCGGCCGUCUGUGCAGAACUGGGCCUGGUGCUGAGCGGCUCUAAAGAGGGACCAUGUCUCAUCCAUUCCAUGAAUGGCGACUUGCUGAGGACCCUGGAUGCCCCAGAAAACUGCCUGAAGCCAAGACUCAUCCAGGCUUCAAGAGAAGGCCAUUGUGUUGUCUUCUAUGAGAGCGGCUGCUUCUGUGCCUUUAGUGUCAAUGGGAAGCUGCAGGCCACCGUGGACACUGAUGAUAACAUCAGGGCUAUGCAGUUGAGCCGUGAUGGGCAGUACCUGCUCACCGGAGGAGACCACGGGGUGGUCGUGGUCUGGCGGGUGGCAGACCUCAAGCAGCUCUUCACCUACCCGGGAUGUGAUGCUGGCAUCCGGGCCAUGGCCCUGUCCUACGACCAGAGGUGCGUCAUUUCCGGCAUGGCCUCUGGCAGCAUCGUGCUCUUCUACAACGACUUCAACCGCUGGCACCAUGAGUACCAAACCCGCUACUGAGACCCGGGUGCCCGGAGCUCACCCUCCCCGCCACAGUGGCCACAUCUGAAUGUAACUUAAAUCUGCUCCAAGCAGCAAACUAUUUUUUAAAGUUAAUUGCUAUUUUUGUAGACUCUGCUUGACUCUGGGGUGGGGGUGGGGGUUCGGGAUCAGCAAAGCAGCGAGCCAGCUGCUGGGUUCUGUAGUUUACAAAGUCUAUAUUUUUAGUCCUAACGAGAAGUCUAUUUUCACCAAUGAUGGAAUCACAGUGGGGCAAAGAACCCCACACUCUAGCUGCAUAAUGAAAAACACUUCCCAUCUCUCUGAGAUCCUGAACAACGUGAUUUUUAACAAUAGAGCCAUGGGUUCUCCUACCGGGAUGGAGGGAAUUUUAUGCCGUUCUUUUUGUUUUUCAUUUUAUUCCCUUUUCCCCCCAAACACUUUGUGCUUCUUUGGCGCUAACUUUUCUGAGACUUGACUAGUCAUGUUUAAAUUAUGGUCAAUGUAAUUAAAACACCUCAUGGACUAUUUCUAUCACUAUUACUCAGCAUGUUGUAGACCUAGAAAAUCCUGGUGUGAGGGAAGCGCCUUUGCUUUCUUGUGUGGCUAAGCAUGGUGACUCUGCUGGUCCAGCAGGCGUGAGACGGUCACAGUGACCGGCCACAGGGCCAUCGAGGAUGCUCAUCCUCACCUUGGGGGGGUGCCCGUGAAGUAACUGUGAGGGUCACAGCUGUGGUGCCUACACUGAGGGGUUGAAGCUCCCCCUCUGGCCCCACCCUGGCUGCUUUCAGGCAUGGCAAGAAGCGGUGCCCUAUCACUGUUUGUCCAUCUGUCCUGAAACUCUCACUUUCCUUCUUUAUUUUUGAUUAGCAAUUUGUACUAAGAAACUAUGUUAUUUUUGGUGUUGUAUAAUUCUACUUUUCUAGAGACUGCUGUGUGGAAUUCUGUGAGAAAUAUUUGAGAAAAAAAGGUCUGUAUUGCAUAAAUAAAUUCUUUGUAAGUUGUGA